UGGUCUUAGUGGUCUCAGUGUUCUCAGUGGUCUCAGUGCUCCCAGUGCUCCCAGUGGUCCCAGUUUUCCCAGUGGUCCCAGUGGUCUCAGUGGUCUUAGUGGUGGUCAGGGUGGUCUCAUUGGUGCCAGUGGUCCCAGUGGACCCAGUGGUCUCAGUGAUCCCAGUGGACCCAGUGGUCUCGGUGGUCUAAGUGGUCCCGGUGGUCUCGGUGUUCUCGGUGGUCUCAGUGGUCCCAGUGGACUCAGUGGAUUUGGUGGUCUCGGUGGUCCCAGUGGAUUCGGUGGUCUCUGUGGUCCCGGUGGUGUCGGAGGUCUCGGUGGUCUCGGUGGUCCCGGUGGUCUUGGUUGUCUCGGUGGUCCCAGUGGUCCCAGUGGUCCCAGUGGUCUCAGUGGUCUCAUUGGUGCCAGUGGUCUCAGUGGUCUCAGUGGUCCCAGUGGACCCAGUGGAGCCAGUGGUCUAAGUGGUCUAAGUGGUCUCGGUGGUCUCAGUGGUCCCAGUGGACUCAGUGGAUUCAGUGGUCUCAGUGGACUUGGUGGACUCGUGAUUUGGUCCAGUGUGCUCUUAGUCCUGACCGAGUGGACCAGUGGUCCAAGUGGUCUGAGUUGUCCCAGUGGUCCCAGUGGUCCCAGUGUUCUUAGUGGUCUCAGUGGUCUCAGUGGUCUCAGUGGUCUCAUUGGUGCCAGUGGUCCCAGUGGUCCCAGUGGACCCAGUGGUCUAAGUGGUCCCGGUGGUCUUGGUGGUCCCGGUGGUCUCA